GCCUUGAACUGCGAGAAAAUUUCAGAGCCAAGGACCGGUGGACAGGGAGAAACAGGAAGGGGAUAGCGGCAAGUUCUUUCUGACACCUGCACCGCAUCGUUCGUUGUAUCGCAUUUAUGUGACGCUCAAGUUCACUCAUAUUAAGAUCUGAUAACAUUUUAUUUUAAAACAAACAUGGCACAGUCUGAUCAUAAGAAAUUCUUCGAGAAUCUCUCCGGCGCUGGGAAAGCCAUCGCCGUGCUGACGAGUGGAGGGGAUGCUCAAGGUAUGAACGCUGCUGUCCGUGCUGUGGUUCGCAUGGGAAUCUAUGUGGGAGCCAAAGUCUACUUCAUUCACGAGGGCUACCAAGGAAUGGUAGAUGGAGGGGAUAACAUAGAAGAAGCCACAUGGGAGAGUGUUUCAAGCAUGCUACAAGUGGGUGGGACGGUCAUAGGCAGCGCGCGCUGCAAGGAGUUCCGGACCCACGAGGGCCGCCUGAAGGCUGCCCACAACCUGGUGCAGCGGGGCAUCACCAACCUGUGCGUGAUCGGAGGAGACGGGAGCCUGACGGGGGCCAACCUCUUCAGGGAGGAGUGGAGCGGUCUCCUGGAGGAGCUGGUCGAGCAGGGUGACAUUGAUGGAGAGGCCGCACAGAAGUACUACGCCUUGCACAUUGUCGGAAUGGUGGGGUCCAUCGACAAUGACUUCUGUGGCACCGACAUGACAAUUGGGACUGACUCCGCCCUGCACAGAAUUAUCGAAGUUGUGGAUGCAAUCAUGACCACUGCUCAGAGCCACCAGCGGACUUUUGUGUUGGAGGUCAUGGGCAGGCACUGUGGGUACUUGGCCCUGGUGAGCGCUCUGGCCUGUGGAGCUGACUGGGUUUUGAUACCUGAGAUGCCCCCUGAGGAUGACUGGGAGGACCAGAUGUGUCAGAAGCUCUCUGAGAAUCGUGCAGGCAAGAAAAGGCUGAAUAUCAUUAUCGUAGCAGAAGGGGCAAUUGAUAAUAGCAACAAGCCCAUAACCACAGAGAGAAUUAAGGAUCUGGUUGUUCAGUGCUUGGGAUUUGACACCCGAGUGACAAUCCUUGGACACGUCCAAAGAGGCGGGACCCCCUCUGCCUUCGACAGAAUUCUGGCGAGUAGGAUGGGAGUGGAGGCUGUGCUUGCUCUUCUGGAAACCACUGCUAAUACGCCGGCCUGCGUGGUGUCCCUGUCCGGAAACCAGUCGGUCCGCCUGCCGCUUAUGGAGUGUGUGCAGAUGACACAAGAGGUGCAGAAGGCCAUGGAUGAAAAGAAGUUUGAGGAAGCAGUUAGGCUGCGUGGCAGGAGUUUUGAAAACAAUCUGAGAACGUACAAACUCCUGGCUCAUCGGAAGCCAGAGUCUGAGCUUCCCCAUAGCAACUUCAACGUGGCGGUGCUGAAUGUGGGCGCCCCCGCGGCGGGCAUGAACGCAGCGGUGCGCUCCGCCGUCAGGGUGGGCAUCUCCGAGGGGCACACGAUGUUCGCUGUCAGCGAUGGCUUCGAAGGGUUCUACAAGGGCCAGAUAAAGGAGGUCAAGUGGGGAGAUGUUGGUGGCUGGACCGGCCAAGGUGGAUCACUGUUAGGAACAAAACGAACACUUCCUGCAAAGCACGUUGAGAAAAUUGCUGAACAAAUGCGAAAACAUAACAUCAAUGCAUUGCUCAUUAUUGGUGGAUUUGAGGCCUACCUGGGACUGAUGGACUUGUUAGCAGCCCGUGGGAAAUAUGACGAGUUCUGUAUCCCCAUGGUCAUGGUACCAGCCACUGUCUCCAACAAUGUACCGGGUUCAGAUUUCAGCAUUGGCGCAGACACAGCUCUCAAUGCUAUCACGAAUGCUUUUGAGUGUCUGCUCCAGCUUAAUGACGCGCGGUCCAGCUUUGAGGAGUUUUGCAUCCCGCUCUGUAUGCUGCCUGCCACAAUUAGUAACAAUGUGCCAGGCACUGAUCUGAGUAUCGGAGCCGACACUGCUCUCAAUGCCAUUGUGGAGACGUGCGACCGCAUCAAGCAGUCCGCCAGCGGAACCAAGCGGCGCGUCUUCAUCAUCGAGACCAUGGGCGGGUACUGCGGGUACCUGGCCAGCGUGGGGGGCCUGGCCGCCGGGGCCGACGCGGCCUACAUCUACGAGGAGCCCUUCGACAUCCGAGACCUCCAGGCCAACGUGGAGCACUUGACAGAGAAGAUGAAAACAAGCAUCCAGAGAGGUUUAGUCCUAAGAAAUGAGAACUGCAGUGAAAACUAUACUACUGACUUCAUCUAUCAGCUCUACACGGAAGAAGGAAAGGGUGUGUUUGACUGCAGGAAGAACGUGCUUGGGCACAUGCAGCAGGGAGGUGCACCGUCCCCAUUUGACCGAAAUUUUGGGACGAAGAUAUCAGCUAAGGCCAUGCAGUGGAUCUCCAAGAAACUUAAGGAGACGUAUAGACAUGGGAGAGUGUUCGCCAACACGGAGGACUCGUGCUGCCUGCUGGGAAUGCGCCGCCGCGCCCUCAUCUUUCAGCCCGUGGUGCAGCUGAAGGACGAGACGGACUUUGUCCACAGAAUUCCGAAGGAACAGUGGUGGCUGAAGCUCCGCCCACUGAUGAAGAUUCUGGCCAAGUACAAGACCAGCUAUGACGUGUCCGACUCUGGCCAGCUGGAACACGUGGUGCGCAACAGGCCCAAGGAGUCCGACGCCUCUGCAAUCUGAGAGAACGGGCCCACAGGGUAUAUUCAUUCAGUGUAGAUGGGUUGUCUGCCAGAGUUCUAACAACAGCUGUAUCCAUUUUCGUGUUCCACCACUAUUUGUCGCAUUGUCAAAUCAUCUCGCCCUUGUUACAUAAAACACCAGCCUAGCAUCGCUGUAGUAAUUUUGUCCAGCAGAACUUCUGGGAUGUGUCCACCACUGGCCAGUACAGAAGACAGCCUGCCAUGUUACAGUCACCCAUCACUGUGUAACUGCACUUUCUCCAAACCGCACUUUUCUCCUAGAUUUUCUGGUGUUCCACAUGUGUCCGAGACUACUGCAAUACAAUCUUGUUGAGUAGAUGUUUUAAGUUUUAUAAUGUAAACAUUCAGAAUUAAUCUAAAUAUAUAUAUAUAUAUGUAUGUUUAAAAUACACCCGAAAUAUGCUUAUAUUGACGUCAGUUGAAGACAAACUCGGUCUUAAAGACCAGUCACAAAAAUGAGAUGAGCCAAUAGAAUGUUUUCCUUAAAAAGGAUUAGUUCUUCUAAGUGUAGUUUUCCUUUCAUUUAAUGUAUCCCAAAUAUGUGUAAAAUGUGUAACAGGGUGUAAUGGUUCACAAGUCCAUGGUUCUGUUUGAAUCAUUGUUUUUGGAUCAUGGUUCAUUUCAAUCCACAGGUAAAGUUUCAUGAACAACAUAAGAAACAAAACUGGAUUAAAUAAUUUACUUAACUGACAAAAGCAUAUAACAAACCCAGAAAAUCAAAUGAGACAACAUACAAUCUGAACCAUAAAUCUAUUACUCCCAAAUGUGCAAAUCCAAAUGGUUAAAACCAUGUGAACCAUUACACCUCUAGUCAAGUGGUGUACACAUACUGCAAUAAUGUACAAUAGCAAGAACAAAACAAGGCUUCAGAAGAUACAUUCCAACAACACAAGGAAAAUCGAAUGGGAUUAUAUAAACGAAAAUAGUAUUUAGAUAAACUGCUACGAUAUUUUACAUACAGUAGUUUAACAAGUAGAAGUGAAGGAUGCUCAGUACUUGGGAGCCAUGCUUGGGUGUCAAAGAUUAAGCACACGUGUUAUUUUGUGCAUAUUAACAUGUUUUGUUAUGGAAAUAGUGAUUUAUUUAAAAAUGUAAUUAAAGCUCUUUAUUUCAACAGUCA